AAGAAUGACUGGCGUAUAGAUGUCUCCCAUCCAUUGAUUAGUUCGGAUUCUUAAAGCUUUGCCCCAUGAGUGAUUGACGAUCGCACAGGUUGUCCCGCCCCGACCAGCCCAAACAGCAUCCGAGUUUUCCAAUGGACACAAAAGCUUGUGGUUAAUCAAAGAUCUGCAGUUAUUAAUAGCACACACACAAAGUUAAAGGUUGCUGGCAGAUCGAGGGUUCCUACACACGGAAGCAGCAACUGAGGAGUGAAAUGUGAAUCUGAGGACAAAUCUCGCUGCAAAUUGCCAACUAAAGACGAUAGCACCAGCGUUUUACCUUUCUUGAUCAGCACAACACCUUAUUCACACUUCUGAACUUGCGGGAAUAAAUGGAGCUUUAUGGAAAGAUGGCAUCUACACAAGAUUCACGAUAUGGCCAGAAGGAAACAGCUGACCAGAACUUCGACUACAUGUUCAAAUUACUGAUCAUUGGCAACAGUAGUGUUGGGAAAACUUCAUUUCUCUUCCGCUAUGCUGAUGAUUCCUUUACAUCUGCCUUUGUAAGCACUGUAGGUAUUGACUUCAAAGUAAAGACAGUCUACAGAAAUGAAAAACGGAUCAAGUUGCAAAUUUGGGACACAGCUGGACAGGAACGUUACAGGACAAUCACCACAGCUUAUUACCGUGGUGCUAUGGGUUUUAUCCUAAUGUACGACAUCACAAAUGAAGAAUCCUUCAACGCUGUGCAGGACUGGUCAACCCAAAUCAAGACAUACUCCUGGGAUAAUGCUCAGGUUAUACUGGUUGGCAACAAAUGUGACAUGGAAGAUGAAAGGAUAGUAUCUAUGGAGAGAGGAAAACAGCUGGCAGAUCAACUUGGCUUUGAAUUUUUCGAAACCAGCGCCAAGGAUAACAUUAAUGUAAAGCAAACAUUUGAACGCCUUGUUGACAUCAUAUGUGAGAAGAUGUCCGAGAGUUUGGAUACAGACCCUACUGUUGCUGCAGGAAAACAAAACACAAAACUCACAGAGAACCCUCCUCCACAGCAGCAAAACUGCGGUUGUUAGUGACUUGUCCACAGAUUUAUGGAGGCAAUCAAAUUGUGUCUACAUUGCAAAGAUUAGUCCUUAGUUAUUAGUCUAUGAAAAUGUUACUGUAUGGCCUCUAUAUAAUAUUAAACAAACCAAUCUUUAUUUAUUUUUUGCUAGUCUGUGCACAGUACCGUUUCCCAAUACCUUUUGCAUUAAAACUGACAUUUAGCCAACCUUUACUUAUAUUGGUAUUGGUUCUGCAAUUUUUCUGUAGAUUCAAGGUUUGUGUGACUGUUAACAGGAACAAUGGGUUCCCAGGCUCAAUGUACUGCAUUUAUAACUUACUUAGAUCUCCCUGCUUACUAGAUUUAUGUGGCCUUUCAAGCAUUCCCUCAAUGAUAAAUUAAUGAUAAAUAGCUUAUCCUCAGUCUGCACAAAACUGUGAACUCAGCAACAGAAAUAUAUUAAUUUAAGUCACUGAGUUGUUAGCUUGAUUAUUUGUAUCAGUAUCCUGUGUAUAAGCAUCCAUGUGUCACUUAAAGGAGAAAUUACCAAUGAUAGAUUUCCUUGAUUAACAAUACGUAUUUGAAAAUAAAGGUUUUGGAACAUAUUUGCUAGCAGUCUCAGGCUACAGUUAUACUAUCAUAUUUUUGUUGAUGUGAAUAAAUUGCCUGUGUGUAUUGACAUGAAAAUGCAAUGUAUAACUGCAGAGGCAGGUCCUGAUCUGCAGAGCCACCUUUUGCAAGACCACCUGCAGUAGGCCAUCUCACACCACUCAUGAAUCAGAUUGUGAUAUAGCUCCAUUGUGACAUGAAACUGUGUUCAAAGAUGCUCGGAUAGUCUGUUGGAUCUCUGGGAUAUUCAGAGACUUGAAACUAAGUUGUUCAAAUGUUAAGAGAAGGCAGACGCUAGUGACACUCUCUUAUAACAUUAAAUAUUACCAAGAGAGCAGAGUGCACAUUUCCAGAGUUCUGUCCUGGUAGACACAAUGCAAGUUAUAGCCAGCAGUUGGAGCCUGCAGUGUGACUUUGGUUUUGGUAGCUGCAUUUUACAAUCUACAGCUACUUGUUUCAGCAACCAGCCUCAUUUAUAAUUAUUUGUCAUUUACCACUGUAGAGGGAGUCAUGAAUAUAAAUCUCUUUAAAACAUCAUGCCCCACAGCAAUCUUGAAGAUAAGUUGUAUCCACUGAGAAUGUUCAUCAUUUUCAAGAUUCUGCAUAAAAUUUUACUGCUAAUUUGCCAUUUUAUGGUAGUUCACAAAUCUCAGAAGAGUGUUUUGCCAGCAUUUAGACCACAUCAGUAAAACUAAUUACAAAGGUAACUAUUUUUAGCUGCAAAAAAUGAUGUAUUCUGUAAUGUGUAAUAUUAAAUGUAACAAGAGUUA